AUGGCUGACUAUUCCCAAUCAUCUUCCGGCGACGGCACCGAUCCAUCAGAGGAUGACCUGCACUCUGAUGUCCCGGCCCCGGGGCCUCUUAACCAAGAUGCCAUCUCUGCUUCCGCCUCCGCCUACUCCUCCGAGGAGUUGUUCCUGGGCGAUGAGGCUGCAUUGUCUCCAGAUGAGACCGCCUCAGGCACUCAGGUCAUCAUGAAUUCGAGGGCUUACCAACUCGAAAUGUUUGCCGAAAGCAUGAGGCAAAACAUUAUCGUAGCUAUGGAUACUGGCAGUGGCAAAACUCAAGUUGCUGUGUUGCGAAUAAAAGCAGAAUUAGAGGGAACAGCAACCGAGAAAAUUGUUUGGUUUCUCGCUCCAACCGUGUCACUAUGUGCACAGCAAUUGGCGGUGCUCAAGUCUCAGAUUCCUGCUGUCCAGAUCAAGUUCUUAAGCGGCGACGACAACGUCGACUCAUGGUCGGAUCAAGCAGUAUGGGAUGCUGUGCUAUUGAACGUGCGCAUAGUUGUGUCGACGUACCAAAUCUUGCUAGACGCCUUGUCUCAUGCAUUUGUGCGGAUGGAAAGGUUGUCUCUGAUUGUGUUUGACGAAGCUCACAACUGCGUCGGCAAGUCUCCGGGGAGCAAAAUCAUGACCAACUUCUACCACCCACAUAAGCGCGACGAGCGACGAGUGCCUCACAUUAUGGGGUUGACGGCUAGCCCAACAUUCGGAUCUAAGGUCGAGAGCAUCAACGUCCUCGAGUCAACGCUGGACGCCGUCUGCAAGACUCCCACAAUGCACCGCGAUGAUCUGCUUGCUUGCGUCAAGAAGCCAGAGUUGUCCUACGUCGAAUUCCACCCCAAACCCGACUGCAGAACUCCCAAGAGUUUACAAACUCUGAGGAAUGCGAUCCGGAACCUUGACAUCUCGGAGGAUCCAUUCGUUCUUCACCUGCAAGCCGAAGGCACCGAUCGCAGCAAGCGAGAGCUCUUUGCGGUUCUUGAAAGCCAUGAUACCUACGUACACAACCAAAUGACUUCAUUUGGUCGCCAAGCGAAUCAGAUCUGUCGAGAACUGGGGCCAUGGGCUGCUGAAUACUACAUCUGGGAAGUCAUUACCAGAUUCGACUCGGCGGUACGGUCACAGAGUAGAUGGUUGGAAGCCUGGAAAGAAGACGAGAAGAAGUACCUUGGCAAGAUCCUCGGCCAGAUCGAGUGCCGUCGCCCGUCACCGACUGAGAUCAGUCGGGAUGUUCUUUCGGAAAAGGUUUUCAUCCUUAUUGAGCAGUUGCUCCAGGAUAAGGUGGACAUCACUGGAAUUGUGUUUGCCAAGGAGCGAGCCACUGUAGCCGUGCUGGGUCAUUUGCUUACAUCGCAUGAAGCUUUGCGGGCUAAGUACCGGGUCGGCGCAAUGAUGGGCACAUCGCAGUACCAGGCAAGAAAACGAGAUAUCUGGGACCUCUCUCGAACAGAAGACCUGCAGUCACUACACCAGUUCCGAUCCGGAAAGAUCAACUUGUUGGUUGCAACCAGCGUCCUCGAGGAAGGCAUCGACGUUCCGGCCUGCAACCUGGUGAUCUGUUUUGACAGACCGCCAAACCUCAAAUCCUUCAUUCAAAGACGAGGAAGAGCGCGAAUGCGUGACUCUAAGCUAUUACUGCUACUCGACCGCUCUGAGACUUUCUCCCAAGAAUGGGAGAAUAUGGAGGCCGAGAUGAAGCGGCAGUAUGAACAACAAGAGCGGGAGCUCGAGCAUUUGCAACAGAUUGAAGAGACGGAGGAACUGGCAGAGAUGCAGUUUAACGUUGAGACAACGGGAGCGCUUUUGGAUCUCGACAACGCAAAAUCACAUCUUGAUCAUUUCUGCCGAAUCCUGUCUCCCGGGGAGUUUAUCGACUGGCGUCCUGACUACAUUUUGAAGAAGCUUGACAACACGGAUGCUCCGGAUCUGAGGUAUACGGUUGUUCUUCCAAGCUACCUUCCCGCCGAAGUACGAUCUGCCGAGAGCAAAUCAACGUGGAAGUCUGAAAAGAACGCGAUGAAAGACGCUGCAUUUCAGGCCUACGUAGCUCUUUAUCGGGCAGGCCUCGUCAACGACAAUCUUCUGCCCUUCAAGCCAGAGGACUUUGUUCCCGGAGUGGACAAGAGGGCUGCUGUUCUCCAGGUGAACGGUCUUUUGAAUGCUUGGGAUAGUGUGGCCAACGCGUGGAAACGUGGAGACCCUCUGAGGGCAACCCAGAUUCUGCUGAAAGAUGCAAAUGGGCAUGUCCAUACUGAGUACGAAAUGGUGCUUCCCACUUGGAUCCCCGGGCUGCGAACGAUGCCACUUUAUCUCGACUACCACACGACAUGGUCCGUCGAAUUCGGUGACCAGCUUCCAAUCGAGGAGCCUGAGAACGAGGAUCAUACUGCUGUACUUCUCGCCUUGCCUUACGGCCAUCGCUGGUUAUCGAGCCCCCUUAAGCAGGUAGUCAGGUUUAGCGCAGUUGGUGCUGAACUUUCUCUGGAUGGUAUUGGAACGAAGCAUUUCGUGCCAGGGGAGAUGUCUGCACACGACCUCACCUGCUUCAUUCGAGACGACACUGGAUGCCCAUACCUUUACGAAGGCAUAAUCGACAAUAAGCCGACACCCGACCUGGUAUCUAAGACAUUCUACGGGUUCGAAAAAGCCCCUCAAGACGUUCCAUAUCUCACCCUCACGAAGUGGUCUCGACGAUCAGACUUUCUUCAUCGGCCACAAAGCGACCCCUCCCAAGCCCCGAGUAACCCAAAGCCUUACUCGCGUGUAUACCCGGUUCCGAUGGCAAAGGUUGAUGCUAUACCGGCGAAAUACGCACAUUUUGGGGUGCUUAUCCCAUCCAUUCUGCAUCGGAUCGAAACAUGCCUCGUGGCCAAGGAACUAUCAACGACACUGUUGAGACCGCUCGCCAUCGACGACUGGUCCCUGGUUCACACAGCCAUCAGUGCUGGAAGUGCCGCUGAGCCCACAAACUACGAGAGGCUCGAGUUUCUCGGUGACUCGAUCCUCAAAUUCUCUGCGACGAUCAACGUUGCCGCUUUGAAUCCCGACUGGCCAGAAAGGCUACUCUCCUUCAAGAAGGACAGCAUUGUCGCCAACUCAACGCUCUGCAAGGCUGCAAUCAAGCACGGUUUGGACCGUUUUAUUCUGACGAAACCAUUCACGGGACAAAAAUGGCGCCCGAUCUACGUCGAAGACGUGCUCAAGCGCGGUGAAGAUACAUCUACUAGGAGAAUUUCCACCAAAACUCUAGCCGAUAUUGUCGAGGCACUUAUUGGGGCUUCAAUGAUUGACGGCGGUGAAGACGGCGGCCUGAGCAAGGCGCUCGACUGCAUGUCCAUAUUCCUGCAACAGAUCAAGUGGAGGAGAAUAGACGACUGCAGGCAGCUACUGUAUGACGUCGCUCCCGACGACGUCGCGCUCCCCUCAACCUUGCAGCCGCUGGAAGAGCUGAUCGGCUACGAGUUCGAAAAAAAGUCUCUCCUGAUCCAGUCCAUGACGCACGCGUCGAGCAACUUUGGUAACCCCCUCGGCUGCCUCGAACGCCUGGAAUUCAUCGGAGACGCCGUCCUCGACUACAUCAUCGUCAACCGCCUCUUCUCCAUCCGGCCACACCUCUCGCACCAGUCGAUGCAUCUCCUCAAAACGGCAGUCGUCAAUGGCGACUUCCUCGGCUUCCUAUCCCUCGAGCAGUCCGUCGAGCAGGAAGAGGUCGUCAUCGGCGAGAUCCGCGACAAGGUGCCCGAACUCAAGCGCUCUCGCUUCGCCCUGCCGCUAUGGAAGUUCAUGCGCCACCAGUCCUCGGCUGUCGGCCUCGAACAGAUCAACAUUGAGAAACGGCACGCCGAGAUGCGCGGGCCCAUCAUCGACGCCAUGGAGCACGGCACGACGUACCCCUGGGCCCUGCUCGCGCGCCUGCAGCUGAGGAAGUUCUACUCGGACAUUUUCGAGUCGCUCCUCGGCGCGGUGUGGGUCGACGCCGGGGACAUGAAGGUCUGCGAGCAGGUCGUCGAGCGGUUCGGCAUCCUGGGCUGUCUGGAGCGCAUCCUCCGCGACGGGGUGCACUGUCUCCAUCCCAAGGAGGAGCUAGGCCACCUCGCCGACAAGGAGAGCGUGCAGUACGUUCUAAGUUACAAGGAGCUAGAGAGCAGGGAGCGGGAGCUCUCUUGCAAGGUCAUGGUCGGCACCCGCUGCGUCGUCGAAGUCGAUAAGGGUGUGACCAAGGACGAGGUUAAGGUCAAGGCUGCAGAGGCGGCGGUGCGCAUUCUCAAGGCGGAAAAGAUGCAAAAGAUGGCGGCACAAAAGGAUCCUGACGGGGACACGGCGAUGGGCAUCGAGAACGAAGAUGCUGACUAG